AGAUAGAGAAAGCUUUUUCUAGGGUUUGUUUCUUCAUUUUCUCUCUCUUUGCAAUACACAACAAUGGCGGCGAGAGGUGCUUUGCUUCGAUACCUUAGAGUCAACGUCUAUCCAACAAUUCAAAACCCUAGAGAAUGUGUACUCCCUUUCUCCGUUCUUCUCCGCCGUUUCUCCGAGGAAGUAAGAGGCUCUUUCCUUGACAAAUCUGAGGUCACAGAUCGUGUUCUCUCCGUCGUCAAAAACUUCCAAAAAGUCGAUCCUUCUAAGGUUUCACCAAAAGCCCAUUUCCAAAGCGACCUCGGGUUAGACAGCUUGGACACGGUGGAAGUUGUGAUGGCAUUGGAGGAGGAAUUUGGGUUUGAGAUCCCUGAUAAUGAAGCAGACAAGAUCCAUUCCAUCGAUCUAGCCGUUGACUUUAUUGCAUCUCAUCCUCAAGCUAAGUGAAAAAGAGAAACAAAUCCUUCUGCGUUCAUGCCAUGCCUCAGAUUUGGUUAAGCCUAAUAAGAAAGUAAAGAAGCAAACAACAUUUUCUUUUUGUCAUGAGAAUGGAGAAGCUUUUGUUUUUUUGGCUCUACAAACUACUAUUGGUUUCAUAAGUAUUAGAUGUGUUUCUGCAUGAUUUACGAUGGCGAUCAAGGAACUUUGUUUUUCUUAUUAGAUAUAUCCAUCACACACUCGUUGCAUUAUAUAAACGAUCCCUCCAA